UCCAUUCCAGGGGUGGGGCCUGACGGGAGGGACGUGGUCAGGACAAGGCAGGGUCUGACCCGUGUCUGGGCUGGCUCCUGGCUGGAAGUGUCAGGUGGGACCAGCCCUACAGCGACGUGAGCGGGCUUGAUUUAGAGAGAGGGAGUGGAAGCAGUGUGGGCGUGAUGUGUUGGGGGCGUGGUUUGGUUGGUGUAUCCUGCGGCAUCCUUUCUACCGAGAAAUGUACACGUGGCUGCCCACCUCCAAGCUCUGCACAGAGGUUCUGCCCAGCGCUGCAUUUAGUCACUACAAAGAAGGACCGGCUGCCUCGGGAGGCACAGAGAGCAUGGUUAAGGAUUGUGGCCCUUGGGGUUGGCCUUGCUCUGGUCACAUUCCUGUUCUGGAGUAAUGUGGGGAUCGAUGAUGAUGUUGCUGAAGUUGUGGCCCGUCGUGGUGAGCUCCUAGACGGCAAGUUCAUUGAGGUUCCCUGCUCUGAGGACUAUGAUGGUCACCGAAGGUUUGAAGGCUGCACCCCCAGGAAGUGUGGCAGAGGCAUCACUGACAUCGUCAUCACCAGGGAAGAGGCGGAACAGAUUCGCAGAAUAGCAGAAAAAGGGCUCUCCCUAGGUGGAUCGGAUGGAGGGGCAUCUAUCCUGGACCUGCACUCAGGAGCCCUGUCAGUCGGGAAACAUUUUGUGAACCUGUAUAGAUACUUUGGGGAUAAGAUACAAAAUAUCUUCUCUGAGGAGGACUUUCAGUUAUAUAGGGACAUUCGGCAGAAGGUACAGCUCACCAUUGCAGAAGCUUUUGGCAUCAGUGCAUCCUUGCUGUAUCUGACAAAGCCCACAUUCUUCUCCCGGAUAAACAGCACAGAAGCCCAGACAGCUCAUGACGAGUACUGGCACGCACACGUGGACAAGGUGACUUAUGGCUCUUUUGACUACACUUCGCUGCUUUACCUAUCGGAUUACUUAGAGGACUUUGGUGGAGGACGCUUUGUGUUCAUGGAGGAAGGGGCCAACAAGACAGUGGAGCCCAGAGCUGGUCGAGUCUCAUUCUUUACCUCAGGCUCUGAGAACCUGCACCGAGUGGAGAAAGUCCUCUGGGGCACCCGCUACGCCAUCACCAUCGCUUUCACCUGCAACCCGGACCACAGCAUCGAGGACCCAGUACUCACGUGACCAGCUAGGUCAGGUCCUGAGUACCAUGUCCAGAAGCCUGUUCAUGGCACCCUCGUGUUGUGAUUCAGCUGUGUCAGAGAAGGCACUCCUAGGCCGGGUUGAGUGUAUGCUCAUCUCUCCCACUUCAGCCCACUGCUGCUGCUCAGAGUGCCUUAUGAAUUAUCCCGAGUUUUGAUCUACUGACGUUUUAAUCUUUUUGUCUGUGAGUAAAUCAAGGAAGGAGCCUGUUACCUGAUA